AUGGAACCUGGACUGAGCUCUUUUCGUGUGGAAUUUCCAGACUUCUCAAACACUAUCCUGCAAAAGUUAAACCAGCAGCGCCAACUGGGUCAGUUAUGUGACAUCUCCAUCGUGGUACAAGGCCACCUCUUCCGGGCACACAAGGCUGUCCUGGCUGCCAGCUCACCAUACUUCUGUGAUCAGGUUCUGCUCAAAAACAGCCGCAGAGUCGUCCUUCCUGACGUCAUGAACCCUAGGGUGUUUGAGAACAUUCUCUUGUCCACUUACACUGGAAGAUUGGCUCUGCCAGCUCAUGAGAUUGUAAGUUACCUUACGGCAGCAAGCUUUCUUCAGAUGUGGCACGUUGUUGACAAGUGUACAGAACUUCUAGAAAGCAAUCCAACUCUCCUGUGUCAAAAAUCCACCCUCAGCAAUGAUCACCAAUCUCCUAGCAGCAGCAACUAUAAUGGCCUAAAUGAAAAUUUUGACUUGGGGACUAGUAGUCAAGCAGAUUACAGAAAGGCUGUAGAGAUACGAGAUGUUGAAAAUGAGGAAGGGAGCCCAAAAGACGAUGAGAUGUCCUCUCAGCUUACUGAACACGAAUAUCUGCCCAGCAACUCUUCCACAGAACAUGACCAACUAAGUACAGAAAUGACAAGCCAAGAUGGAGAGGAAGGGGCCAGCGAUAGUGCAGAUUAUCACUACCCCCGUCCAUUGUAUAUAAAGCCCAGUAUCAUGUCCCACAAAAGAUGGAUCCACGUCAAACCAGAAAGGUUUGAGCAGGAUUGUGAAGGUGUUGAAGCUCACCCUCCUUUUGAGGACCAUGUCUCAGAUUCCUUAAAUCCAGGGCAAGCAGAGCCUCCAAUUCAGUCUUCUGGAGUUGUAGACAGUUUUGAUUUCUGCAACAAAAAAUCCAUAGAGCCUGAAGUACACAGCGACAACAGCCAUUAUGACGAUCAUGUUGACUUCUAUGGUGCUUCAAUGGAAGAGUUUUCAGGGGAGCGGGAAGAACAUCUCGAAAGCCACGGAGCAGAUAAUGCCUCUGUUGGGUUUGGGGAAGGUAUGGAUGUUCCUGCCGGUAUUAAAGAAGAAAGCUCAUCCUCGGGUUUCACUGCUGUGGUGUAUAAACUCUACCCUUGCCAGUGCGGAAAAAGCUUUACUCAUAAGAGUCAGAGGGACAGACACAUGAGUAUGCAUCUAGGUUUGCGACCUUAUGGGUGUGGGGUUUGCGGAAAAAAAGUUUAAAAUGAAGCAUCAUCUAGUUGGACACAUGAAAAUCCACACGGGAAUAAAGCCUUACGAGUGUAAUAUUUGUGGCAAACGGUUUAUGUGGAGAGACAGUUUCCACCGGCAUGUCACUUCAUGUUCCAAGUCCUACCAUGCCUCAAAAGGCGAGCCGGCCCCAGCUGACAACUAA